UCGGUCGGUAUCAUCUUGAUAGGCGUGUGUGAAUUGCGACUGGUGCAUUUUGUCAAGUAGAGUCUGCGGUUCGCGUCACUUCAUUACUUUCAGGUCUCCGAAAAGCCCUGUUCUCAUAGCUGAAAUUUCCGCGAUGGAUCAAAACGAGGAAGCUGGACUCGAAGAGCGCUUGAAGUCUGCUCUUUGGCUGGCGAUUGGGAGGAUUGUGGACGAAGAGACCAUCAAGCUCGGUAUCAACGCCACGCCUCAGUUCAUCGGGGCGUUGACAGAGUUGGUCUGGGCUCAGAUCGAGACCGUUAGCCAGGACUUAGAAUCAUUUUCCAAGCAUGCCGGCCGCUCGACAGUCAAUGUCACCGAUGUCAUGCUCCUGGCACGCCGCAACGAGGGCUUAGAGUCCAUUCUCCGCGCGUUCGUUGAGCAGAUGCGUGAUCAAGAAGCCUGAUCCAAUGGGGUUCCACCGACUGGUGGUCCCUCCGUCGGGAUUACUUCAGUCCAAAGUCUAUGUGCAGGUCUACCCGAAAGCUUCCAUAACAUUGGUGGCUGAGCUCCUCUGCCAUUCAGAGCCAACUUCGAGGGCAUGGUGGCGGACCUUUUUUUUCAAACUUACAG